AUGAACGGACUUCGGUGCGCAAUUCUUCUCGUUUUUGCAAUUGUUUUGUGCUUCGGUGAGUUAUUUAUCAUUGCUUAGUUUUAAUUUUAGAUCAAUUUAUUUUUAGCCAACGAUGAGGAUAACUUCUUUGCCUCAUGGAUCAAACCAAGCCCAAAUCUUCGCUCGAUGUCUCGCUCCAGAUAUUCGGGACGACUUUUGCCACAAAGAAUGUAUCGAAGUGGGCCGAACACUUGGGUGAGUUAAUUGCAGUUUAAAGAUCAGACCCGAAAAAAUGUGCCAAAUAUUUCAGGACCUUCCAGUCGAUGAAUGA